ACUGGCCGGCAAGGCGCUCGCAGCUGCCAUUUUGUCCGUCUUCCUGCCGCCGCUUGCCGCCCGUGUGUUCGUUGAUGAGGUGGAACACAAAGAGUGCGUAAGAUUUCGCGCAUAGGCUGCCAAGUUUUUCCACAUUGAAUUGGGGCUACAAGAACGGCCUCACCAUGAACUACGGCAGGGCGCCGCCUCAGAUCGACGGCAUGACGUCGUUGAAGGUGGACAACCUCACUUACCGCACCACGCCGGAGGACCUGAAGCGGGUCUUCGAAAAGUACGGGGACGUCGGCGACGUCUACAUACCGCGGCAUCCCUACACGCGUGAAAGCCGCGGAUUCGCAUUCGUGCGAUUCUACGACAAACGUGACUGCGAGGACGCCAUGGACUCGCUGGACGGCUACAUCUUGGACGGCCGCGAACUGCGCGUCCAAAUGGCGCGCUAUGGGCGGCCAUCGGACCCGCACCGCCAGUCGUCGUCGCGAAACGCCAGACCGAGCCGCCGUUCGAGGUCGAGGAGCCGUGGUCGUAGAUCCAGGAGCCGACGGCGUUCGUCAUCUAGAAGCCGUAGGCGGUCCAGGAGCCGGUCCCGGCAUCGCCGAUCAAGCUCCCGAUCUCGCAGGUCCAGGAGUCGUUCAAAGGAGCGCAGGCGUUCCCGUAGCCGCUCUCGCAAGAGCCGGAGCCGGUCCAGGGAUCGCCGCAACAAGAGUCGCAGCAAGUCGAGAGACCGCAGUCGUAGCCGUUCACGAAACCGUGAAGUAAAGAGGAGUCGUUCCAAGUCAAGGAACAGAAGUCGCUCAAAAUCCAGAGAUCGUAGCCGAUCUAAGGAACAUGUAGCAAAAUCCAAGCGACGCAGCCGCUCAAAGUCAAAGGGUCGUCGCAGUCAGUCGAAGUCCAAGGAACGUAGUCGGUCCAAGUCUAAAGAACGGAGCCAAUCAAAGACGAAGGAUUAUCGCUCCAAGUCUGGCGAACGCAGCCACAGUAAAGAUCGCAGCCGAUCCAAAUCCAAGGAACGUGGUGAAAGCAAGCACAAGAGCCGAUCAAGAUCUGCAGAACGCAGUCAGAGCCAGCGACUGAGCCGAUCCAAGUCCAAGGAACGCAGCCGCUCAAACUCCAGAGACCGCAGCCGAUCCCGGGGCAAUAGUCGCAGCCAGUCCAAGGAACGCAGUGACAGCAAGUCACGUCGUAGCCGCAGCAGGAGCCUCCAUGACAGCAAGCAGCGGGAUCGCAGCCGUAGUCAAUCCCACAACGGAGAUGGCCGAAGCCCAUCACGGAGCCCAAGGAAGGUGGUUGAUGACAGGGCUGAUUCGAGGUCGCGGUCAAGGUCACGCAGCCCAGGAGAUAAGCACAGUUCACCGCCUCCAGAUCCAGCAGAGUCCAACGGUGAACGUGAGAUGCGCUCACCCGAACGAGACCGCCGCUCUCGAUCCAAAUCGCAGGACUCCGACUGAGACAUGCCCUGAGGUGUGAGGGCGUUGGUAAAAGGCGUUGGUGGCUCUGUCGAAAUGGCGGGACACCAUGUACGAGUUCCAGCUGCGCUGAGUUCGGGCGGUGGUUUCCAGAGUGCGGGGACGUGUGCUGAAGCUUGCGUGCAACCCCCAACCCACUUGCUCAUCACCUCCAGGCUGUCUUUUUUUUUUUUUCCCAGCCAUUUGCCUCCUCCCGACUAAAUUUCAAGGACAAGUUGUAUUUGCAGAGAAAUUGGCAAAUAUCAAAGAAAGAAAUUUAAGAAGCUGAAGUUUGCUUAUGCUGGGCAAACAUGUAGCUUUAGGCUUUAGUUACGUCAAGUGGGGGGAAAUUACUUGGUUGAUCUCAGUGGGGGUUAACACCCUUCCUUAUAAGCGAUUACACUUUAUACAAUUGCUAGCUUUCAGCAGUAAUGCAGCUUCUGAUUAGUUGUGCUGGUGUGUGCAAGCAAAAAUUUUAAACUCAGGCUUGAUACUGGUAAAAGCACACGCUCGGUAUUGCAAGCAAAAUUUUUAACUGCAGGCUCGAUACUUGUAAGAGCACACUAUUCGUUCUUCAAAUCGUUAGUACUUGGUCCUUUGAAGUAGACUUUUUAUUUUUGUUGAAUGCCUGAUGUCGUAACUGAACAACCGUUUCAAAGGUACCACUUGAGCAGCAAAGCCUGGUUGCUCGAGGCAGCUCGCAAGAGACCAAGAAGGCCGAGCGAGCGGUUUGGGGGGCAGAAGGGUGUUGGCGGUCCGGCGGGCGGUUUCGGGUUCCCUGUGGCGGUGGUUUGCGGCCGGAGCGGUGGCAUGCUGUUGGGUGGUGCCGGUGUGUUGCUGAUGAGCAGCGUUGCUGUGCGAGAAAACCGGUGUAAGUAGUUGGAUCGAGGUGAUGUUGAGCCAAUGUCUGACUAAGUCUCGCCACAGGCCGGGAUCCCUACCCGAGGGUGCGGGUCGUGUAGCAGCCCGGCAGUAGUUCCGGCUCGUGUUCCAGCUUUGCCUCGUGCGAUGGCGUUGCGGCGGUCCUGGCACAUUCGCUGUCCUGUGGUGCCGAGUUCCGCGUGGUGGGGCAUUUGCCGAAGGAGGGAGCUGUGUGGUUUGGUGCCACUUUCUUUUUUUUUCCAUCUCUCUUUACCUCUAGGUGCGUCGUCCCUGAAGACCAAAAGCAGCUUGCGAGCAAGAAGUUUCGGAGUAGAGUAUGCAGAACGACUUUGUUUUUCUUUGGUGCCAGAGCUUGAGCUGGAUUUGUCCAGAGUAGGGCUUAUUUCCCAUCACUUGAUUAGUAUGUGUAGUUCAUACCUGAAAUUUGAGCAUUGAACAUAAAAUGUCAACUUUGUGCUGCUUCUGAAACACUCUGAAAUCAAGCAGCGUCAGAAUGAAGGUUUAAAUUGCCGGCAUUGUUGAGAGGAAGCACCAGCUGGUCACAAUUUUUGGUCAUACUGCUGUUGCAGAACUGAAUGUGCUGUGUGCAAGUAUCAACUGCAAUGAUGCACUGUUGCUGGUGCAUUUUGUAACAGGCUUUUGAUGCCACCUUGACUACACAACGUAACUAGCUUUAAAACAGUCUAGCUUUCAAACAGUUCACAUAAAGUGGGAAAAUCAAAAUUUGUUUCAAAACUUCGGUGUAUUGGCUCAUUUUCCCCAUUCACAAAGUCUACUGUAAAGCAGGCUUCGUGUGUCUGCAUGCUCUGCUCAACAUUGGUCGUGUGGUUUACCAUAGUUCAAAAAUUGCCAUCGAAUAAAAGUCUUCAGCUUUAAUGCUGUGCC